UAAUCAGCAGAGCUUUGAUCGCCACCAGACAUGGCCUCUUUCCAAUUUCUGUCGGGGGUUUCCAUGAGGAUACUUUUUGUGGCGAUGUCUGUUCUUCUUUGGAAAGCAAAUGCCAUAACCAGGCAUUACCAGUUUAAUGUCGAAAUGAAGAAUGUUACACGAUUAUGCCACACGAAGAGCAUAGUCACUGUCAACGGCCAGUUUCCAGGGCCUCGUGUCAUUGCAAACGAGGGCGAUCGUUUGGUCAUAAGAGUCACAAACCAUGUCUCCCACAAUAUCACCAUCCACUGGCAUGGAAUUCGACAGCUUCGUAGUGGAUGGGCAGACGGGCCGGCUUAUGUAACUCAGUGUCCUAUACAAACUGGCCAAAGCUACGUGUACAAUUACACGGUGGUCGGGCAGCGAGGAACCUUCUUCUGGCACGCGCAUAUUUCGUGGCUCAGGGCAACUCUUUACGGCCCUCUGAUCAUCCUCCCGAAGAACAACACGCCUUAUCCAUUCGAAAAACCAUACAAGGAAGUUCCCAUUGUAUUCGGAGAAUGGUUCAAUACUGAUACUGAAGCUAUAAUCAACCAAGCUAUGAAGACAGGUGGAGGUCCAAAUGUCUCUGAUGCAUAUACCAUCAAUGGACUUCCAGGGCCACUCUACAACUGCUCUGCAAAAGAUACAUUCAAGCUGAAGGUGAAGCCCGGAAAGACUUACCUCCUACGAUUCAUCAACGCUGCCCUCAACGACGAGCUGUUCUUCAGCAUUGCGAACCACAGCCUGAGAGUCGUCGAUGCCGAUGCCAUUUAUGUUAAACCAUUCGACACCGAGACAAUCCUCAUCACCCCUGGACAGACCACGAACGUGCUUCUCAAGACCAAACCAAACUUCCCCGGAGCCACUUUUCUCAUGGCUGCCAGGCCUUAUGCCACAGGCUCAGGCACCUUCGACAACACCACUGUCGCCGGAAUCUUGGAAUACGAAUCCCCGGCUCUCCAUUCCGUCAUCUCUGCCAAAAAGCUCCCCCUGCACAAACCAAGCCUCCCGGCACUAAACGACACCUCAUUUGCCGCAAGUUUCACCAACAAGCUUCGCAGCUUAGCCUCCCCUCAGUUCCCUGCCAAUGUUCCACAAAAUGUAGAUAAACAUUUCUUCUUCACAGUAGGUCUGGGGACGAAUCCGUGCGAUCAAAACCAGGCCUGUCAGGGGCCAAACGGCACGAAAUUUGCAGCUUCCAUUAGCAACAUAUCCUUCGUGCAGCCGACGACAGCUCUCCUUCAGGCGCACUUCACCGGAAAGUCUGGAGGCGUUUACAGCCCUGACUUCCCGAUCAACCCGUUCCACUGGUUCAACUACACCGGAACCCCUCCGAACAACACCAUGGUCCAAAAUGAGACGAAGCUCAUGGUCCUGCCAUACAACACCAGCGUGGAAUUAGUGAUGCAGGAUACCUCCAUUCUUGGGGCCGAGAGCCACCCCCUCCAUCUCCACGGAUUCAACUUCUUCGUGGUAGGGCAAGGGUUCGGAAACUAUGACCCUAAAAACGACCCCAAAAAAUUCAAUCUUGUCGACCCCAUUGAGAGGAACACUGUCGGCGUGCCCUCCGGCGGCUGGGUUGCCAUUCGGUUCCUGGCAGAUAAUCCAGGCGUUUGGUUUAUGCACUGUCACCUGGAAGUGCACACGAGCUGGGGUUUGAAGAUGGCGUGGCUUGUGCUGGACGGGAAGCUGCCCAAUCAAAAGCUGCUUCCUCCGCCGGCCGAUCUUCCCAAAUGCUGAUGACGCGGACACAGGCCUUUAAUUUUAUCCUUGUAGAGGUUUUCCUGUUUGUGAUUUAAAGGGCCUCUCCCUCUCCCUCUCCCACUUUUGAAGCACCGCCGUUUCAUUGUUUUUUCAGCAUUCAUGAUUUUUUCAUUUUUGUCAAAUUAUAUCAAUAAAUGUGAGUUUCUGAUUCAUUAUGAUCGAUUUAUGAAAAUAGUUGUC